GCUGUCCAAUAGGGACCCUCAGUGCUAGUACGGUUUGCGGCUUAAGCGCCGCCGCGGUCUGAGGAAUGUCAACUAUUCAACAUGGAGGCGGAGGUCGAUAAGCUGGAACUGAUGUUCCAGAAAGCUGACUCUGAUCUGGAUUACAUUCAAUACAGGCUGGAAUAUGAAAUCAAGACUAAUCAUCCUGAUUCAGCAGGCAAGAAAAAUCCAGUUACACUGUUAAAGGAAUUGUCAGCAAUAAAGUCUCGAUAUCAGACUUUGCAUGCACGCUUUAAACCAAUUGCUGUCGAGCAGAAAGAGACUAAGAGCCGCAUUUGUGCUACUUUCAAUAAGACUAUGGCCUUGCUACAAGAACUACAAAAGCAUACAGACCUGGAGCUGUUACCAUUGACUGAAGAGGAGAAAACUGCGGCAGAGCAAUUAAAAGCUUACAUGCCAGGCUUAUGAAGAAAUGGACUUGCAAAAGAGGACUCUGACGGAGAAGGGAUCAAUUCCAGAGACAUUUAGGAAGAUGACUUGUUAGCACUUGGUGACUAGUGGUGGGGGGAUGGCAAAGGUGAUUUGACUUGGGUGACUGGAUAGUGAUGCCUUUCACAAGAUAAGGGAAUACAAGAAGGACAGACAUUAUAUUAAUAAAGUUCAGUCAAAGGAUGGAAUGGAAAUAAAGGACUUAAAAAAUAUAUGCACAUACACUUAGUCCUGUAGUUUCAGGCAAGGAACUCAACACUAUUUUGUAUCUGUUUUUAUACAAUUGGGAUGACACAGAUGUCCUGGCUUAUUGUAAAAGAGUAUGUACUGUCAGUCAGUCAGUCAAGUGUAAAUGAGCAUGCUUUGGAAAUUAAAGGAUAGAAACAUAUUUGUAUUAUAUUAUACAUUAUAUGUGUAUAUAAUUUUAUUAUUGAAAAUUUUGAUCACAGAUGUGGUCACAUUAUCAGUGAGGCUGCUAAUAUGUGACUUACAAUCUCCCACAAAACCUAACUUUGGUAAGAAGCUGGCUUUUCUGUGACAGCCUCACUUGUGUUUCUUUUUGUCCUGUUCCUUCUGCUUGCUAAUGUUUGGCAGCAUGAGUGCUGCUUUCAAAUGCUGUUUUAGACUGUCUGUGUUGUAUUUCAAUACUACCUUUGUUCUCCUUUUGCCUCUACAUUACUGUAAUUGUUUAUUCUAUAUGAAAGGUAAGAAACUGAAAUGAGAGGAUCACUGGCAACUGCUACUUGCCAGUUUUGUGUGUGUGAAUUUCCCUAUUUGUUAGGGAAAAAAACCUAAUGGCAAGUAAAUAGGAAAGUAAAUCAUAGUAUAUCUAUCCACUAGGGGGUCAAGUUGCCAAUAAAUUAUUACUGUUAAUGUUCUGGGAAAUGCUAAGUGGGUGAGAGGGGAAGCUCUAUAGUUUUGUAGUUAAGAUUGAGUUUGAAGUCAUACCUCAGCUGUAAAUAGCUGGUUUUAAAUUCUAGCUGUAUGAUGCUGAGCAACUCACUUAACUGGUAUGUGUCAGGAUGGAUGGAAGCACAAUGAGAUGUUAAAGUGUUAGGAUUUGAUAUUUAGUAAUCCUUCAGUAUUUCCAUAUAUGUAAUAAAAACAAGUUAUUGAAAAAACUAGGAAAAUUGUAUAAAAUGUUAGUUCUGUAGGUUCUAGAACUAUACUUUUAGAAAAUUAAAAAAAAAUUUUUUUUGUUAUGUUAUUAGCAAACUUAUAAUACCUAACAAGCAGGUUUGGGAAAGUAGCUUUAGUUAAAAUUGUCCUGCCUAUUUUGAAUAUUUUGAGAACAGAAUGUUCCCCUCUUUUUUAAAUUACAGAGAAAUAAGUCACACCUCAGUAACCUAUUUUUCUUCAGUACUCAGGCAGUUAAUACUGAGGAAGUUCCUGUCAUGGGGUGGCUCUGGGAUGUGAUGUUGAUUGGUAAGGUUGAAAAAUGGUAGUAUCACAAAGAGGUCAUAGCAAGCUACUGGUGUUAAAGUGGUUUUGCUUUCAAUCUGGAAAAAAAGACUAGAAUGUACUGUUUUCCCUCUGACUUCCUUCACAAGUUACCUUCUAAACUUUUGUUCUUACCCUCAUCUCCCUUAAAAUUGUUUUCUAUGCACUUCUUUAUGUGUUCAUUUAUUUCCCAAGCUUCAUAUAUUGCCUCAUGGGGGAUGAUUCCCAAAUAUAACUUAUUCCACUAAACCUAGAUCCACAUAUCCAAUAGAAAUCUCUACCUGAAUAUUCAAAACUGAGUGUUUCCAGCUGUGUAGCGUUGGUGGUAUAGUGGUGAGCAUAGCUGCCUUCCAAACUGAAUGUUUCCAGAAUACCUACUGAUUUUUGUUAUUUUAUUAAUGGCCACUGUUCUGUUAGUUGUAAUUUAAAAGUUUGUACCCCUUUAUCUUGUUAAUCAAUAAAAUCUGUAAUUCUAUUUUUGAAAUGUUCAUACUAUCCAAUCUUCACUUUAUCGUCACUCUUACUAGCCAAUUUAGACUUUUCUCAUCUUGAUAACUUUCCUUUGACGAUACUGUUUUUGUCUUAAGUUGUAAGUCACAAAAAUUAAUUAGGUUGUAUUCUAAUACAACUUUAAGAAAUUAAAAAAUAAAAGUAUGCCUAUUCUCCAGAGCAAUCUGCAGUUUUUUCAGAUGUUUUACAUGCAAGUUAAAAAAACAUUUAAAAAAAAUAAAAAUAGGCUGAUACCAUAAUUGUACUAUAGCUACAGUUCGGUUUUUCUUUUUUUCACUAAAAAAUUUUUUUAAAUUUAUUUUUUGAAGGGAGGUAAUUCUUUUUUUCAUUUUAAAUAUAUUUGGGUGUCUUCAUAUCACACCUCUGCCAUUCUUUUGAACAGCUGUAUAUAUAAAUUUACUAUAAUUUUUACCAGUUCCUCACUGAUAGCAUUUAAGCUGUGUAACACACAAGUCAGGAGACAUUUUUGGGGGUGGGAUUAGGGGAAGGGCAGCAAGCUCAGCCUUUCCUUAAGGAAUUCUGAUGGAGCAGAUCACAGUUUUCUUAAGCACACAGGUUAGCUUAAUAUCCUGCCAACUAAAUUCCUUUUUGCUUAAGUUAGCCAGAAUCUGACUUUGUGCUUGCAAGCAAUGACCCCUAACUAGGUUUUCUCCGGAUUGAAAGCACAACCAGUUUAACACUGGUAACUUGUACAUGUUUCCUAAUUUUCCACUAUUAUGAACUAUUUCAACAAGUCUUUAGACAUUUUGAGGACCUUGAUCAAAUGUAUCUAUUAGUAUAAGAACCUAUUUUUAAUAUUUAUCAUACACUAAUUUGUCUUGUUUUCUACUAUGCUGGGUUGCAAAGACCACUUCUUGUUAUGUUACUCUUUGCAUCCCAGGUGUUCCACAAAUAAUUUUUUUAAUUGAGGUAAAAUUAACGUAUCAUAAAAUUAACCAUUAACCUUUAUUAAAAUUUUAGUAUAAAAGGUGUUAUGCGACCAUCUCUAUGUAGUUCCAACACCAUAAAUUUUCGUGCAAGAAUUUUUCAGGUACAGACUAAUCUUCCAAAAUGACAUUUGUCCACGGCUUAUGUAGUUAAAAAAAUUGUUACUGCUCACUACCUUGUAAGAAAGUCCCAAUGCUUUGAUAUUCAAGAAGUUGUUCCUAGAUUAUUCUUGAUUCUCUUCAUGUGCAUUCAAGGUUGGGUUAAAUGUAACAGCUGUUUGCAACAAACUGGAAAGGAAAAAUUAAAUUCAAAGUAAGAAUCUGA